AUGGCAGCAGAAAUGUUUCUUAGUCAGUCAUCCAAUGAGCCAAACGUCCAGAGCGAGGCGGGUUUUUCUUCCAGUCAACGUUCCGGCCGACAAGGCCAAACUGCUGGCAAAGAGAAAACUCGUGCUUCUUCAAAGAAGCGGACGACGAAGGCAACUUGGCGUGAGCAGUGCCGCAUUAACCAGGCGAGGUACAGGAAUCGACAGCGCCAGCGCGAGGAAAGCCUUACCGAACGCGUUCGUCAGCUACAAGAACAAGUCGAAGAUUUGAGGCUCGGACUCAAAUUGCGCGUCAUUGCUAAGCGCCAACCGGCAAAUACAAAUCUUUGGCUCGUGGCGACCGAGUUCUUCCGCAUCCUUUCUAAGUGCUACGAGUAG